UGGAAGCAUUCCAAAGCAUUUCUUCCUUCAUAUAGUCAAUGUGUUUAUAUAAAAAGCUAUUUAAUAUUACAACAACUAGAUAAUUUAAAAACUUGCAAAACAUUUGCAAUUUUGCAAUUAUAACAAAAAAAUAAAAUUUUAGGGUCUAAUAUAAAUCAGUAUUUUAAAAUAAUAUUUAUCACGUAAAAUAUAAAAAUUUAUCUACACAUAUUUAUUGAAAAACUUUAACCUCGUUGAUCAUGAUGGAUAUGGAGAUGAAUGCUGAAUUGGACGGUGAUGACGGAAGUGAAAGCAGUCAACCGUCUUUGGAGGGUAGUUCGGCAAGUAGCACGUUUUGUAACUUGGAGAAAGACUAUGCAAGGAUAAUGAAGGAAAUGAGUACUAAUGAAGCACUUGCUCCUUUCGAAGCUGAAUAUAGAAGACUCUACGAAUCCUUGUAUAAAUCUCACAAAAAGGAGAAAGAACUAUCAGGACAAUGCAUAUUACUCCAGAAUGAAAUUGUGGACAACACAUACAAGAUGGAUGAGAUUAAAAAAACACUAGAGACCUACGUAUACGAGAUAGCUCAAUUAAAAGAAGAAGUUACUAAAACAACGAAACUGGCCGAUGCGGCACAUACGCGUGAACAAAAUGCACAGGAAAUGAUUGAGAAUUUACGUAUAAAUAUUAAAAAGUUAGGUGUGGAGAUUGAGCAAAAAAAUAAACAACUGGCAGCUGAGAAGGAUAUCACCGUUAGCAAGAGGAAGGAAAAUCUGUUGAAAGAAAAAGAGAUGCUCAUUGGUGAGAUAGAAACUAUGCGUCAACGCAUGAAAAAUAUGUCCCUUUACAUAGAAAAUCUUGAGAAAAAAAAUAGCGAAAUCGAUCAGCAAAUGACAGAAAUGCAAGAAGUUAUCAGCAUGCAGCUAAAUGAAAUCUCACGAGAAAAAAGAAUCCGCGAGAGAGCAGAAACGGAGAUACGACAGCUUCAGGAAGAAAUCAUCAUAAAGAAAAACGAUCUUGAGAUUGCAAACGCAUCUAUUGAGAGCAAUUCGAAUACUUUAACGAGGUUAGAGAGUUUGAUAAAGAAUCAAAAAAUAGCAAACGAGAAGAUGCAAAAGGAGAUAAACAAGCUCAUGCUAAAAAAAACAAAUCUGCAAACAGAUCUUGAUAAUGCAAUCUGCGAGAUAGAAAAACUAGAAAAAGAACUAUCUGAUAAAGAAAAACAUGUAAAAAGCAUCAAAUAUGAGAUUAACAGAGCAAAAGAGGAUAGUGCUAAAUAUAAGCACGAGAAGGAUUUGAUAGACAAGCGAUUGCUGAAAACAGAAUCCGAGCGAUCCAGGUUAGAGCGCGAAUUAAAGCAAACUCUGAUCAAUAUAAAGAAUACUGAACACAACAUUCAAACUUGUCGCAAACAACAACUCGAGGACAAGCAACGUAUUGAAAUUCUGUUGCGAGAGAAAAAUACUAUCGCCCGCAGCAAAGAGACUGCCUACGACCAAAUUAAGCGAUUGAAUCACGAGCUGUUAUUGUGCGGACAUGGCAAAACAAAGAUUGAACAGGAGUUAAAUAUACUGGCACAAACUAUCGACGAUAUGAAGAAACAAAUGGAAGUUGUGGAAAAAGAAAGAGACAGAUACAGCUCGGCGGUAAAAGCAUUAGAACAGCAGCUAGAAGGUUCUUUAAACGAGACCAAACGGAAACAAGCGGAAAUUUUAGAUUACAAGAAGCGUUUAACAGAUGCUGAUACGAAGUAUCGUCAACAUCAAAGCUUAUUUGAAGCCAUUCGUGCGGAACGAAAUUUAUGCAACAGAAGUCUGGUUGAGACACAGGAGGAAGUUCGAGAUUUAAAAAACAAGUUAAAGAUUACAAGUCAACAGAUUGAGCAAUUGAAAGAAGAUAUUGCGAUGAAAGAUGCCAAUCUUAUUAAGGAGGAAUUCUUGUUAGGAAAGACUGAAAAAGAGAAAGAGGAACUUAAAAUUGAUCUACUAGCUUCUCGUAUGGAGGUAUCCAGUAUGCGACAACAAUUUGAAGAAGCAAAGAAAAAUGAAAAAAAUCUUAGAGGGAUUAUACAACAGGCAGAGAAAGAUAUCGGACGUCGAGAGAAGGAUAUUGAUAAUGUUAUGAAUGAACGUGAUAUACUCGGCACGCAAUUGGUCCGAAGAAAUGAUGAACUUGGUCUACAAUACAGCAGGAUAAAGGUCUUAAACAGAACAUUGCAAUGUGGAGAGAUACAAUAUAAUAAAAAAUUAGAAGAUAUUCGAUUACUCAAGUUUGAAGUGAAGAGACUUAGAACUGAAAAAAUGUUGCUUACAAAGAAUAUUUUCAAUGUUAGUGAUUUACGCCAAGAAGUUUUUCAUCUAAAUCGCAACUUAGCAAAAGAAAGGCUUAAAGUUACCGCACUUGAGGAGGAAAUUCAAAUUCCAUUGAACAUACAUAGAUGGCGAAAACUUGAGGGCACAGAUCCUACCAAUUUUGAGCUCAUUAAGAAAGUACAAAUUCUGCAAAAACGUAUUUUGAAAAUGUCGUCUGACAUAAUCGAUAAAGAGAGGAAAUUAAAAGAUACUGAAAAACUAUACAUGAAUGUUCGUGAUGUUCUAUCGAAGCAACCAAACUUGCAAACGACAAACUUAAAUAAAGUUCAAAAUGUGUUACGUAAAAGAGGGGAGAAGAUUAAAUGUCUCACCGCAGAGCUAAAUAUGUACGAAUCGCAAGUAGGCGGAUAUAAAGAAGAUAUGGUAACAAUGACUAGUGAGAUGUGCGAGUUAAAAAAAAUGUAUCAGACACAAAAAAGAAAACUCCAAAAUUUGAAGGAGACAAACCUGAAAUCUACCUACAAAGCUGUUGGUCCACAUAUUUUAAUGUCUAGUAAGAAGUUUUAUGGGGGUGGUUUUAAGAUAACGACACCUUCUCCCAAAAUUUGUUGUAUUGUAGACUCUUCAGCAAGCAGAUAAAAAAACAUUUAAUAAAAUAAUUCUACAAUUUUUUCAAUAUCAAAUAUCUUAGAAAUUUUGUUUCUAUGAAGUUUUUAAAUUAUUUAAUUUUAUAUUAAACUAUUUGAUUAUA